AUGGCGGACGGUAUAGACAGACAGGCUGAUGAGCGGAUGGAGUUCUCGACCUCGAAAGAGGUGACUGUCGCGCCAACUUUUGAUGAUAUGCAUUUGAAGGAGAAUCUUUUGCGCGGAAUAUAUGCGUACGGAUACGAAUCACCAUCGGCUGUUCAGUCUCGCGCGAUUGUCCAGAUUUGCAAAGGACGCGAUACCAUCGCUCAAGCACAAUCGGGAACGGGAAAGACAGCUACUUUCUCUAUCAGUAUCCUUCAAGUCAUAGAUACUGUUCUUCGCGAAUCACAGGCCCUUGUCCUCUCUCCCACACGAGAACUCGCAACGCAGAUUCAAUCCGUUGUUAUGGCUUUAGGAGAUUAUAUGAACGUACAGUGCCAUGCGUGUAUUGGAGGCACAAAUGUUGGUGAAGAUAUUCGAAAGCUAGAGCAUGGACAACACGUCGUCUCCGGAACCCCUGGCCGAGUUGCAGACAUGAUCCGACGCCGUCACCUGCGUACCCGCAACAUUAAGAUGCUUGUCCUUGACGAGGCUGAUGAGCUCCUUAACCGCGGGUUCCGGGAACAAAUCUACGAUGUUUACCGUUAUCUACCCCCAGCCACCCAAGUUGUUGUGGUCUCUGCCACUCUACCCUACGAUGUUCUUGACAUGACAACCAAGUUCAUGACAGAUCCAGUUCGUAUCCUUGUCAAACGUGAUGAGUUGACACUUGAAGGAUUAAAACAAUACUUUAUUGCUGUGGAGAAAGAGGAAUGGAAAUUCGAUACACUUUGCGAUCUUUAUGAUACCCUGACCAUCACACAGGCCGUUAUUUUCUGCAACACAAGGCGCAAGGUCGACUGGUUGACUGAUAAGAUGAGAGAAGCCAACUUCACGGUAUCCAGUAUGCAUGGUGAAAUGCCUCAGAAGGAGCGAGACAGCAUUAUGCAGGAUUUCAGACAGGGAAACUCUCGUGUUCUAAUCUCUACCGAUGUAUGGGCUCGUGGUAUCGACGUUCAGCAAGUUUCUCUAGUCAUUAACUACGAUCUACCAAGCAAUCGUGAGAACUACAUUCACAGAAUUGGUCGAAGUGGACGAUUUGGCCGCAAAGGUGUUGCCAUCAACUUCGUGACUAGCGAAGAUGUUCGAAUCCUGAGAGAUAUUGAACUUUACUACUCAACUCAGAUUGAUGAGAUGCCUAUGAAUGUUGCUGAUCUGCUUGCUUAA